AUGGCUCCCCUACCACUCCCACACAUACCCGCCUCAACGAUCGACAAGUUCGAAAACAUCAUCUUCAAACGGGUCGUGUACCCAGCCCUACAGGGAGUCGAAGCCAUCCACCCAACCAGAACUCUCAGUCCCAUCACCAGGCGGCAAGACGCACCACCCGCCGCCACAGUAACAGUCGUCCAAGCCGCCGACGAUGACGACGACGACCCCACUGAUGCCUCAACUCUGAGCGGCGGUGCCAUCGCGGGCAUCGUCAUCGGCUCUAUUGCCGGCCUGUUGCUCCUCAUCUGGAUCAUCCGCAGCUGCUCCAACCUGGGCGCUCCACCAACAGACGACAAGCCCAACGGCAAGGCUUGGUACCAUGGCGUGAGGGACGAGUAUCCGCCCAGACAUGUGGGCGGGGUGAGGCUUCGCAUAGCCGUGGCCGCGGUCAUUCUAGGCAUAGGAGCCAUUCGAGAAGGUCGUCGAUGCGCGAGGUGCCGGUUGUGGUGGCCGAGCCGAAGUACGUGUAUGACGAUCGGAGGGGGAGGAGCGCUAGGAGGAGUCGAAGCCGGAGUGUGUCGAGGUAUUAAGGGAAACGAAAUGAAAUGGGAGUGCAUGGGUGGAUGA